GUCGCAGUCAGAGAAGGUCGACAUCGAGAUGGAUAUUAAUAUUAAGAGCAAUAAUCUACCGCUCGACCAGUUGCCAUCGUAUUAUUUCUCAGCGUUUGGUAACGUUGAAAAUACCGAAGAUAAUGUUAGCGGAAUCAGCGGAGAUUCUCAAGAUUCGUUCACUGGCAAUUCUCGAAGCCGUGUUCCAGCUGCCCCCAGACAAAAGAUUAAUGCCCGUGAGCGCUAUCGCACCUUUAAUGUGAAUGCAGCUUACGAAGCGUUGCGUGGCUUGAUUCCCACAGAGCCCGUCAAUCGCAAAUUGUCGAAAAUUGAAAUCAUCCGCUUGGCCAGCAGCUACAUCACACAUUUGCGCAACAUUUUACAUGCAGGCACAGAUCGACAACCUUGUUUGGCACACAAAUGGGAAAAUAAUAUGGAAUGCGUAGACAAUGAGAGUCGCUUUAUAGAACGUGUUAGCAUAUGCACAUUUUGUUUAAGGCCUCGACUUGCACUAUCUAAAUAACAUUUAUCGAUAAAAACAAAAUUUUAAAUUUCGAUACAUCUUGCAAUUGUCGGUUAUGUUUUGCGCCAUUGUUAAGCGCCAUCUGUGUGUCAUUUUAAUAACAUUUAAACUCAAC